AUGACAAGGCGAACGAGUAUUCUGGUAAAUAGCGAACAUGGUUUCGUUGCGUUUCAGAGUAUUCUUGGUGAGUAUAACAUAUUUGUCUUUUUAUAAACUAACUAUAAUAUACAACUUUAAAUAAAAAUUUUAGGAACUAACGUAGGAUUUCGAAUAUACAGCAUCAAAAGAAGGAAACUUGUGUUUGAGUCAGAAGGUAAAUUACUUAAGGAUCACCUCUAAAAUAAAUUUCGUAUUAUUCUUAAAGAACCAGUUCGCCCAUUCAAAUAUCAUUGGUAAUCUGUCGCAAAAAUUCGACGUUCAUUUUUUUCGCAAAAAACCUGAGCAGGUCGGUCCCAAAUUGGCAAAUUCAUUUCAACACCGACCCACUCACGUUUUUUGAGAAAAAUGAUUUUGAUUGAAAUUGCCUGAUUUUCGACGCUUUUUGCGACAGAAUGCCAAUGAUAUUUGAAUGGGCGAACUGGUCCUUUAAAAUGUGAAUCAUCUUGUUUUUUAGAUCAACAUUGGUUCUUCUUGAAUCCUGAUACUCUUUUCCAUUCGCGGAUUAAGUCGGUAAGAUUUUUUACGGGGAUUUAAAUGUUACGGUCGAUUCCAACUUUGUCUGAGUUGUUUUGUGAUGAUCUUAGAUUCCAACUAUUCACAUUGCCAGAUAAAGUAUAAAAAACUGGUAAAUUUAGUGUAUAUUUCAGAAAUUCACAAAUUCUGGAUACUCCCUUUAUUGUCAACUCUGUAAAUUAUCCUUACAAUUUGAGUUUUGUUAUCAUACAUGUUUCUUCGAAAUCUUAAGAAUAAUAAUUUUUCAGUUUUUGAUCUACAAAAAACAAACAGACAGCUGGGUUGAAGUUAAAAAACCCGAACAUAUUAAGACAAUUACACAUAAAAAUUACUUUUACGGUAGGAGAAUGCGGCCGAACAAAGUUAUGAAAACAUCAUGGUAUACUAAUAAUGAAAAGUUCACGGAACAAAUUUAUUUCCGUUUUUACAAAGGUAUUUUUCCCUAUCCUAUCCUAACCCCAGCGUGUUCGAACAUUUUCUAUACUAACGAUUUUUUAUUUUAGAUAGCAUUCGCAUAAAAACGUUUGGUGUUGAAAGACUGGAGAACCGUUUUAAGUUCCAUAUGUGGGAUUUAUCGUUUAUGAAUUUUCCUAUACCAAAAUAUACCGAAAGUUUUUUUUACAAUUGGUUCACUAGUUUAAAUAUUGCCGACGACAGUGUAGCAGAAAUUAACCCUGAAACCGGAGCCACGGAAGAUAACAAGUUUAAAUUAUUUAAUUGAAUAUACUAUUUAAUAUUGUCAUGUUUUUGGACUAUUAAGAAGACUCAAGCGUGUUGUUUAAGAGGCAUUCUGAUGGCUCUAUACGUUUGGCUCUUAUUCUUUAAAGAUUAGGUUAUAAUCAGUAUAAUUAUUAAUUUUUCAUUUACUUGCCAUGAACACUUCUUAUUUCAAUUCUACAUGUUCCUAAUUUGGUAUUGACUGUUAUUGUUACUGACGAAUCUUUUUCAAUCUAGAGUACCUUACGGGAUUUUUUUUAAAUCAUCACUUAAAUCCAGCUUUAACAAACUAAUAUCUAGCAAUAACAAAGAGUGUUUUAAAGCAUUGUAUUUGUAAAUUAUUAUGGUUUGUAUUAAAGUUUAAAAUAUAGUUGCCUUCACGAAAUUUAUUUUAAUAAAAUCUUUUUUAAAAAUUGUUUUAAAAUUAUUUGUACAACACACCUGGCUAGUUCUAACAAGCGUUUAGACUGAAAAAUUGUUAAAUGAGGCAAUGUUCAUCCAAGGCUUUGUUGAUAGCAUAAAUAAUUCGAAGUGAUGACUUUUUGUGCUCAGACUAGCGGGUCGGUCGUUUAUAAAAAAAAGAUAAUCGAUCGGUAAAUAUCAAUUACAUACUGAAUUUGCAUACACACACCUUUUUAAAGAAAUUGAAAUUCGAUUGCAGGCAGAAUCGCUAAUUACUUUUGUUGCACUUUAUAAAUAUCCAACUUUUGGCAUAUUUUAAAAAAAGUUUUUGUUUUUUUUCUUGAUCACCACGUAUGAUUGCAUCAGUAGGGCGGCGAAGCAUCGUGAAGUGUGAAAAUGGCAGAUCACGCCAACAAGCGCGUCUCUUGUCUUUAUAAAAGCGUUGCCUUUAUUUUAUAUUGUGUCCUUAUAUUACUCAAGCAAAAGUUAUACCAAUCUUUUGCUUAUAUGCUUUAGUUAUAUUAAAAACAUUUUGGUAUUGAAGCAAGAAGUUAUGAGAAUUUUUGCUGGUCGACUGUCAUCAGAAGUAAAUUUCAAACCUUUGACUUGUGGUAUAUUUGUAACUCAUAGCUAUUAAUAUUAACUUAAAAAAUCCAAAAAUUUUAGUUUUGGCAGAGAGUUAUAGAACAUGUGCCCUCAAUGGACGAUACUUGUUCACUUGCAGUAGUAAACAAGUAUUUCUACAAACUUGUCAACAUGGAUUUCAAGCAAUUAUGCUACGAUCAUGUACUGUAUCGACUGAAAGGCGAAACCUGGGCGUACGCUUUUUCAAAGUAGGUUUAUAAAAUUUAGAAAUUUUUUAAAGCAAACGCCAAAUUACUAUAUUAAUAUGUAUUUUUAGCUUUGGAACACGUGUUCACUCCAAUAAAGAAAGAAUAGUCUGUUGUCCAUUUACAGGCAAAAUGGCUAUCCAUCUAGAACAUAGUACCUAUGUUUUACUAACUAAUCUCGAUUUUGGACUAAUGGAAUUUACUUUGAUUGACUUUAGAUCGUAUGCACAUAAAAUUAGUGACAUUAAGAUUAUAAAUCGUGGAAAACUACUAAUAAUAGAUACUUAUAGUUCCGAUGUCAUUUAUGAUUUACAACUUAUGAAAGUGAUAUCUGUUUCUGAGCAGAACCGGAUAAAUUACCCCACCAAACAAAGUGGUUCUGUUUUUGACUCUUAUAGUCAAAAAGAAUUCAAGAUUGAAGCUAAUACUUCUAGCUUUGUAUUUAUACACUACGUUAAUCCUUUUGACAACGGCAAAUAUAUUGCAGUACAUACAGUAGACAAGAAGCUUGUCAUAAUCGAUAGUGAGACAGAUGAAAGAUACGAAUUUUGUAAUAUGACAAGGCAAAAGAGUGUUAUGGUGAAUAGUGAACAUGGUUUUUUUGUAGUUCAGAGUAUUUUUGGUAAGUAUAGUAUAUUUGUCUUUUUAUAAAAUAAAUUAAAAUACAAAGACGUUCAAAAAACGGCCACUCCACACGUUUGGUCGAUAAGUAAAAAUUUCGGUUAUAAUAUUUCAUAUAUUGCAUUCCAUUAUAGUUAUACAAUAAUUUUAAAUCUAACUUUAGGAACUAACGUAGGAUUUCGAAUAUACAGCAUCAAAAGGAGGAAACUUGUGUUUGAGUCAGAAGGUAAACCGAAUUAAAGAGAUGCAAAUCAAAUAAAAAAAAAUCCGUAUUUCUUCUAAAUUUUAAAUCACUUUGCUUUUCAGAUCAAGAUUGGCACUUGUUGAAUCCUGUUACUAUUUUUCAUUCGGUAACUAAAUCGGUAGGGUUUUGAUACUUACAUUAGGGUCGAUCGCAUCUUUUAUAGAAUAUAGCUGUAUAUAUAUAGUGAUUGAGAAGAUAACCGUUAUGUCCAAAACUCGUUUUGCCACAAACUUUUGUACCAUACUAGAACUAAAUAAACAAAAAAAUUAAAAAAAUUUUUUUUAAAUCCGCGUUUGUCUUAGCACCGCUACAGUACAUGUUUCUUCAAAAUCUUAGGCUUAAGUUGUAAUUAUUUUUCAGUUUUUGGUCUACAACAAACAAACAGACAACUGGAUUGGAGUUAAAACAUAUCCCGAACAGCUUAAGCUAAUGACACAUCAAAAUUACCUUUUUGGUAGGAGAAUGCGAGAGAACAAAGUGAUGAAAAUAUUAUUAAAUGAGAAUAAUAACCGAAUCUACAAAUACAUCUUUUAUCGUUUUGACAAAGGUAUGUUUUUACCUUGUUUGACCUUUGCCAUAGCCUGUUCUAUUCUAAAUAAUGUUAGUUUAGAUAAGAUUCGUGUAAAAACGUUUGAUUUUGAAAGGCUGCAUAACCAUGUUAAUUUCCAUAUUUGGAAUUUGUCGAAGAUGACAUUUCCCAUACUGAAGGAUAGAGAAGGUGACUUUUACAAUUGGUUCACUAAUUUACAUAUUGCCGACGACAGUGUAAAGGUAAUUUACGCUAGAACUGGAGCAACGGAAAAUUACGAGUUUGAUUUGUUUACUUGA